UAUUAUUGCUGACAGCAUUGCAUGCUCCAGUGAUUUUAAUUGUACUUGUAAUGGAGAAAGCACAAGCUGGAACAGUGCAUAAUUCAGAAGCCAGUUCCAGCACUUCUUGUAUUGCAAUUGAAAUUGAUCUGUCAAAAGAGACUCUUGAUACUGAUUAUGAGUUAUCAAAAGAGAAAGAAGAAGAACUAUUAUUUGGUACAGAAGACGACGAAGGAGAUGAUGAAGAUGCACUGUCCGAUGAUAGUUUGCGUUUAAGAUUAUCUGAUGAUGAUGAUCUGGAGCAAGAAGCUAAUAUAACAAACUCCACGAAUAUUUCGGAUUUUAAAUUGCCAAGUAGAAAAACUGAAUAUUUAGAUGUAAUUACAGAAAAAAAUUACGUUGAUGUAAAACAGAUUGUCAAAGAAGCUGACAAGCCUGAUAAUGGAAAAUUGGAUCAGAAGCAAAACUCAGCAAUUAAAACUUCGAAAAAUUCACCAUUAUCCUCAGAUGAAAAUACAUUAAAAAAAAAAAAUCAAGAUAAUAUAUGUAAUUUGGAAAAUAGCAGUAAGACUGUUAGUGAAUCUAAUGAAAAGUGUAUUUCCAAGUCUAAUAAAGAUUUAAAAAUUACUGUCGCAAACACUGAGUGUUCAAAUGCAACAUCUGAACAACAUGUAGCAUUAGAAAACGAUAAUUUAUCUACAAAUAAUUAUGUACAGAUUAAUGAUCUUCAAGAUGCAGAAUUAAUAAUUCACAGUCGUGAUAAUUUAACAGAAACAGUCAGCGAUAAAGACAUGAAUGCAACAAAUACUUGUGAGCUAAAUAAAUUGGAUAAAGUAGACAGUAAUAUUAUAGAUUCUGCUAAAGUUCAGAUUAAUAAUAGUGAAAGAUCAUAUACACUUACAGUUGUUUCUAACAGUAAUGAUGACAAUUCAAAUGACAAAGUAAUAGAUGAGGCUCUUGAUGAUGAGCAUCAUUCUGUAAAAUGUUCAAUUGUCGAAAUUAAUAAUAGUCAAAACUCUACGAGUUCAAUUAAAUGCAAUUUAGAUGAUUUAUUAUCUGAUAAAGAUGUUGAACAUAAAAAUAAAUACGAAAAUACAGAACACAAGGAAGUCACGCAAAACAAAAAUACAUCCAAGAUACAAGUGAAAAAAGACACUAUUUUAUUGGUACAAAAUCCAAAUAGUUCACCCAAUGUAAAAGACAGUAAAGAAGCAACGAACGAAGACUAUGGUAUUAAUAAAUCAGAAACGCAAAUUGUAAAUAAUAAUUCUACAUCUACAUUACAAAGGAUAUUAGAAACUGAUAAUGUAGAAAAUUCUGAUAAAAGUAUGAAUGCAGAUGUAACUGCUCCACGAAAGAGACGCUCAAAAAAAGCAAUCGACAUAGUAGAAGAUAAUAUUGCAAAAGAUAAGCAAGAAGAAAAUUACAGUGGACGACAAAAGAGGAAAACGGCUAAAAAUGCGGAAGAGAUAAUUAGAAGAAAAUAUCUUAAUAGUGAUAGUGAUUCUAGUGAUAGUACAGAACAAUUUGUAAUAGUGAAUCACAAAUUAAAUCAGGAUGUACGUCCUGCGUCACCCCCUUCGUUAAAGCGUACUUGUUCGGAUCAUGAGAUUUUUAAUGGUAUUAAGAAAGCGAAAAUGAGUACUAAAUUUGAGAAAAAGAAUAAUAUUGCAAAAUUGAGCUUUGUUGAAACAUUUUUCCAAAGGGAUAUUAAAGAAAAAUUACCGAAACUUACGCAGGAGGAACUGGAAGAAUUCCUGAUUCAGAAGAUUGCCGAGACAGUCACGAUGCGUAGUGAAAUCGGGCAACUCAGAGAACAAGCUCGCAUAGCGGAAAAAUAUCAAGAAGUAAUGCGUACAAAGUUGCAGCAGUUGACGAAGCAAGUGAAAGAUUUUGAAAUGGUUGUGAAUCGUUACACCUCAGAUCGUCGUGCUAAUCCUGACAAGCCUGUUGCACAUAAAAUAAAUAGAUCCGUAGGCUUACAAGUCAACUUUAUCACGGAACAUGGAAUACAGAGCUUACGUCAGGUACAACAAACCUCGUAUGUUAAGCCUGCCCCGAAUGUUUCGAAUGCUCCAAGUGCUGCGAGUGCUGCGAGUGCUGCGAGUGCUCCAAAUACUCCCAGCAAUGUUAGUUCUUCAGCUGCUGAGUCAAAUAAUAUUACAAGACGCACUGGAAUCAAAACAAGAUCACCCAGGCCUGCGACGACUACAUCGACUCCUACAAUUGCACAGGGAACGAUACAAACAAAAACGCCUCUUAUUUCUAGCGUGACACCGGCCGCUCUAGUUGUUGCUAAGACUAUAGAACCCUCACACACGUUAACAUUGUCUAGCCAGUCUACCAAUCUUCAGCCAAUUUUACCUGCUCCACAACAACAGAUUCAGCCGCAGCCGCAACAAGCUAUUGUUUUAAAUGGUAAAAUACAAAAUCAAGUAAAUCGUCCAACAGUAAUAACUUCAAAGAUAAAAAAUAGUGAUCUUAUCGAUCUUACAGACGAAGAAGAAAAGAAUAAAUCAGCAAAUGUAAAAAUUACGGCUAUAACUACGGCCCCUGUAUUCGAGCAACAAAUAAAUACGCCGAAAUAUACACAAUCCUUCCAAAGAGUAAUACAAACAUUACCAACAAACGUAGCAAUUACGACGCAACCGACUAGUAUAAAAGUGAUAACACCAAACCAGCCACCAGCAACUGCCAUUGUAAAUUCGCCCAGGUUAGCAUAUGUGAUGCAAAGUAAUCCACCAAGACAAGUACUAAUAACAUCAACUGCUAAUCAGCAAGUACAGAUACGUCCAGUAACUACAUGUAGACCACCUUUUACAUAUAAAACAGCAAUUGCAAAUGGUACAAAUGUUCGUGUACUAACCACGCCGGUUCUACAGAUAAGUAAGCAUCCUGCACCAUUGCCAGAUACUCCAAGUUACACAACGACAGCUGGAAACAACUGGAAACUUCCACCACCACCUCCAUCGUUAAAGAUUUCGAAAGUCUCAAAUGGUAUUGUGCUAUCCUGGAAUAUGAAUCUGUCAGAUAAAUAUGCAGAUAUUGCCAGUUAUCAAUUAUACGCGUACCAAGAAGUUGCUGGUGUAAAUCCUAGUACGUCAUUGUGGAAAAUAGGAGAUGUGCGGGCACUGCCGUUACCUAUGGCGUGUACUUUGACUCAGUUUUCUGAGGGUAAUAAUUAUUACUUUGCGGUCAGAGCUGUCGAUACACAUUCUAGAAAAGGACAGUAUAGUAUACCUGGUAAUAUUUCUUUGUAAAGAAAAAAAUGUGUUGAGUCUCAUGAUCUCACGAUCUUCAUAUCUAAUUAUUUUUUAUUUCUACGUUUAACGCAGAAAUUGUUUAAUUGUGAUACGAAUAGUCUGUAGACAGUAUCAAUAACACAUAUAUUAGAUUUAAUUCGGCGAUUAUUUUAUCAUCCAUUUUGAAUUUGGAACUCGAAUUAAAUAACUGCUCUCAUUAA